AUGGUUCCAAAGCCACAGGGCAGUGCCGUGCAGUCGGCCACGCACCGACCCCUCCCACCACUACCGAAACUCCGCGUUCGACGACCGAAUAAGCCAGAGGCAAACCCGUGCCUGGGAGUAAUGUCAUCAGUACUGGGUUGCUGGGCAUCUUCAGGAUACAGUGUUCAAGGUUGCGCACAGCUUGAGCAAAAAUUACGGCAGUGCAUGGAUGCACCACGCGACACAAAUGUAAAGAAGAACAACAUCAACUACCACCUCUCGAGAAUGUACCCAAAGAUCAAGGGACCACACAAGCGGGACUAA